AUGGUGGAAGAAGAAAUCCAAUUCCUACAGGUUGUCCGCGGACCUCCACAUGUGAGCCAUGGCAUGAGGGAACUCUCCAAGCUGGGGUUAGGGGUGGACACUAACAUAGAACUGCGAACUCUGCAGCUGCCCGUGGAUUACAGGGAGGUGAGUCGGAGGCUCACCACAAUCUGGGAAGAUUUGCGACCACAACUUGUUGUGCAUGUGGGCAUGGACCCUUCCACCAAGGCCAUCUUUCUGGAACAGUGUGGCAAGAACCGAAGUUAUCGGGAUACAGAUAUACGAGGUUUCCAGCCUGAGGGUGGAGUGUGCCUCUCAGGUGGCCCGGAAGUGAUGCACUCUGUUGUCAGCAUGAAGGAAGUCUGCCGGCGUGUUUCUGUUGAGGAUGUCGAGGUGGCCUUUUCCCGAGAUGCGGGCAGGUACGUCUGUGAUUACACCUACUACCUGUCCCUGUACCUCGGAAAUGGGCACGCAGCGCUCAUCCAUGUCCCUCCACUGUCACACCGGCUCCCAGCCAGCCUUCUGGGCAGAGCCUUGCAAGUCAUCAUCCAAGAAAUGCUGGAAGACAGUGAGGUCCAGACUCCAAAGUACAGCACCCAAAGGGAAGCCGCAGGGGGAUGCCUCCUUUAGAGGAAGUGUUUCAAUCCUCGGUGGAAAAGCCCGCUGUGCUGUGGAGUCUCUGAAAGAGUGGCUUGUG